GACAUCAUAGAUUACAAGCUUUAUAAACAGGUAUAUGCAUUUUAUUAUUAUAAUUUCCCUUUUUCAAUUAAAAUCAGUUUCGAAACGAAAGUCUCUCUCUUGAGUGGAAGUGCAAAAUCCGAAAUAUAACAAAGUGACUUAUGAUACAGGAAAAUAAUCAGUUUCCAAUUAUGUCAAGGUGUCUUAUCACUGUAGGUCCCAUAAACUUGACAUUUCAAAGUACGGAGUUUGCUGCUAAAACACAUGCUCACUCCGCACUUCCGUGGCUCUGCCCACCAUAACACGUCUCGGUGGGAAAGAAACAUUUGACGGGUGGCGUCGGGUCUUACGGUUGUCGGUAUGACGGGUCUGCAUCACCGCGCGCGAUUUUCUCCGAUGGAAUAUACAGUCGUGCCGCCUGUGAGGGUACUUUAGGGUACAGCUGAUCCCCGGAGGGCAUAAAGGGAGGUAACCGAACUAGAUGAGCCAGAUACAUUAAGCCUAUAAUGUCAACACAUGAUCUGAAGUUGCAGCAGUCAAGUUGUCAAAGCGGAGUGAAAGUCAGCGUGACGUGCGGUGUCUCAGAUCAGGAGGGAUCUUACACACAAACUGAUAAAUCACGUUUUCAGAAUGUAAGUGAACAUGAGAAAAUCCAUCCUGGACCACUGGCUCAACGCAUCCACAACCAGAAAGAUUUAGAAACUGGAACUACUGCUUCUUCACCAUCGUUGCAGUUAACAGGCCAGCAGAAGAGCAGCAGAGAUUUGCAGAUCAGGCAAAUAAUACUUCUCAGAUCUAAGGAGGACCUCAGUAGGACAUCUGAGGAGCAGAGGAAGUCUGCCAGAUUCACUUCCACCAUCUCUAUCAGUCUUCCCAACAGAAGAAACAAAAAAGACACAGCGGAGGAAAAAACACUGAAAGCUAUAACUAACCUCACACAUGAAGACGUGAAGAACACAGCUAAUCAACACCACUCAGAGCUAAGGGACGUGCUUUCACAAACUGACCAAUGUGGCGAAUCAACUGGUGAUUUAUUUAAGAAUGGGGAUGGGCCAAAAGCAAGCUUUGAUGAAGACUGUUUUUCCACUCUGCAACAACGUGGGACAAAGCGGGGACAAAAUACAGGAAUACAAUAUAAUAUAGGCCUUCAUGAACAAACAGAAAUUGUUCACAACUCACAAAGACAUUCUACUCAUCCUGUUUGUGAGGUUCAAAUAGAAUUCAACAAGGAAUCUGGAGCCAAUGACUGUAGAGAGAAUGCUUCAACAAAUCCACAAAACCACAGUAAUCUGAGCUCCCUUGAAGUGGACAAUGGUCUAAAAGCAAGCACUGAUUCCCAGUUUUUUGCACACCAUUCAGAAGUUGCAAACCAGGUCUUGUCAUCAGACUAUUUAACUGCUCCUCAUUCUGAAAAUAUCCCUGAGCCAGAACCUGGUUUUAUCAAUCCUACAUCAGCUAUGUUGUCUUCAGCCCUGGUCUCAGUUCUUGUUCCACCUUGGAGUGGCCGCCUUCGAAGGCCCAAGCAAGGCGGCAAUGACGUACAGCACGAACCCAAAGACUUUGGCCAGAAUAUGAACCCAUCUACCUUAUUUCGCCAGGAUCGGCAGCAACAAUCAUUUCUUCCUUCCCAGAGGCGACCAUCUGAACACAUGUUGGCCAAUGAAAAUAACAUGCAGUUGACUGCAGGGACCAGCUAUAACUCUCCUGACUGGCAAAAAGAGAACAAUUCCCCGAACAUCACAACCACAAUACAGCCAAAGAGACCCAUUACCAAGUCCUCUUCUGUGGGCAUGAUGUACAAUAAUACAGAUUUGCAUCCUUUUCCCACACCUCUGGACACACGCCAGGUAUCAGGUUUGUCCCAUUCAGGGUACAGAAUAUCAAAUACUGGAGAUAAACACGAGUCUUUCAAAUCAUUGAGCUCUAAGCCAACAACAAGCAGUCUACUUCUUUCCUUGAGGAGGUCAAAUUUGAGGAACUGUAGUGCUGAGCCCACACAAUCAGAGACUCAGAUGACUAGGUCUGUCAGGUCCCUUACAUUGCCUAGCAGAGAUGUUCUGAAAACUCCAUCAUUUGCCCAUCCUGUUAACGCUGCUGCCCAAACCACCGAAAACCCAGACACUCCUGCAAGAACAGAGGAAAUAUCAGUCAGUCAGUUCCAUUUCUCACCUAGAAUUAGGAAAAGAGUGCCAUUAAGGGCAUCGCUGUUUCUAAAAAAUCCAGAGACAGAGAUUUCAAAGAGACUAGAAGCUUCUAUUGCCAAAGCAGAUGAGGAACAUUUCCCACACUCCACAACCAAAACCAGCCAACUUGGUGUUCUCAGAUCCCAACAACGUUCUUAUUCAGUUCUUUUGAGGGAAUAUUCCAGUACAGAAGAAACAGAUGCAGUGGAACAAAAUACUGCCAACAACACCAACCUGCAAAACUCCUAUGUGACCAAACAACAAGUAACUCCAGAUACCACAAUUUCUCCCAAAGAAUCGACAAAUUUUAAUGUUCAUCAAUCUGGCUUUAAUAUCCAAAAAUAUAAAUCGCAAAGCACACACAAUAUAACAGACAUUAGUUCUUUGGGCACAAGCACUUUCACAGACAGGCUUAACUGCUCACCCAGGAAAGACUCUUCUGUAGAUGGAACAAGUCCCACAAAUAUGUAUCUGGACUCUAAGAAAUAUUCUCAGUCAAGUCAAAAUCAAAUGGAUCUUUCGAGCCCUCUUUCUCCAAGCAGACCUCUCAGAAGUGUAGGAGUACAGAGCAUUUAUUCAUACCUACGGGAGUACAGCCCGGCGGUGUCCACCCCUUCCCCUUCCACCCCUACUUCCCACAUACAGAGAGGUGAAACAUCACCUCUUAAGCAAGAUAGAGGCGUAACACUGCCAGGUGACCGGAAAACACUUCCUUCAAAAUUUUCAUUUGACUUCAACCCAUUUACGCCACAGGUAGAAGAGUUACAAAGAAGCUCUUUUGGCUCUCAUAUAGCACCAGCUCAAUCUCUGCCUCCUGAUUUUGGACGAAGAUCAGCUCCUCGUCUCAGUACAUCUCCAUAUUCUAGCCUCAUCUCCUCACGACCUGCACUCAACAACACUUUACAAGACCUACCCUCUCUGCCUGUGCCCACAACUCGGGUAUCUACAUCUUAUGAUAUUGUAACCACUCCUGCAGACUUCAUAAAAAGUGUUCCAAGCUCUUCACUGUCCACAUACACAAGCAUUAAAAAACCAAAGGAACAGUUUGCUGCUUCUAACAGAGAACAGAGGACAGCAGUUCAAGCUUACACAAGCGCCCUAGAUAAUCACAAACCUGCCCAGCCAUGCCUUUUACAAUCUGCUCCAGAUGCAAGUUUUGUCAUGGAAAGCCAAAGAGCUAAUAUAAGUCCACACCCAAGGAAGCUCAGCACUGGCUCUAACAACUUCUUUAAUCAGGAGCAUGAUGGCCUGAUGGAACUUCAGCUUGAUAUGGGUAAUGCAUACCCCAAGCACAGGCAGGGUGAGAAAAGUAAGUAUUUAUCACCUGAUAAGCUCACAGUAGAAAGUGAAACUCCACUGACAGUUGAGAAAGAGAUUCCUGCUGUGCAUAUGCCUGAGAGAUUGCAGGAAAUGCAAAGUUCCAAUUCAAAAAAAGGCCUCUUUAGUUCACGAGUCAAGAAAGACAAAGAAGCUGUCUUCUCUUCAGCUUCUUUACCAGACAAAGAGGAUGUUAAUCCCCAGUAUUUAAAAACCAAAAGACAUUUGCCAGUGUUUAGAACGAACAGCAGGAUUGACCAGAUGUUAAAUCGCUUGAAACUGACAUUUGGUGUCAAACGUUCAGACAGCUCACUUGACACACUACCAAAAAAGAACAAGAGUCCCACUCAGCAGCCCUCAGAUACUGAGAAUUUUGAAAGACCCAAGACAGAGGAGAAAACCUGUUCUGAGAGCCACCCAGCACCCUCUAACUCCUCUUUAACAACUGAUAAAACAUCUUUAGGUUCUUUGUCACUACUAACAUUAAAGAAAUUUGAGAAUACAUUAAAUAUGAGUGAUCAAAAUGAGUCUAAGGCUGAAAUAAAUGAUUCUGGGUCCACACAGGAGGCCCCCAGCUCAUCCUUGACCAUCGGUAAAGCAUCUUUUGCCUCUUUUGGAUCUUUGUCGCAACUUACAUUAGAGAAAUCUGAGAAUACUUUAAAUAUGGAUUGGCAAAAUAGAUCUACAACUGAACAAAAGGGUUCUGGGUGCACAUGGGAGGUCCCCAGCUCAUCUUUGUCCACCAAUAGAGCACCUUUUGCAGAUUUGUCGCCACUUACAUUAGAGAAAUCUAAGAAUACUUUAAAUAUGGACUGGCAAAACAGAUCUACAAAUGAACAAAAGGGUUCUGAGUGCACAUGGGAGACCUCCAACUCAUCUUUGACAAUCGAUAAAGCCUCUUUUGAGUCCUUGUCACCUUUGACAUUAAAUAAAUCAUCUGAGAAUAAAUUAAAUGUUGAUCAGCAAAGGAGGCAUAGCGAUGAAAAUGGAAACCGGUCUUGUGGUAGGAGCUUUAGUCCACACAGGCAAAAGACCCAAAAUAUGAAUCGUUCUGCCACCUUGCCACAUUACGGAAAAUCCUCAGUCGGUCCCCCAUCACCCUUUUAUUUGUUUGAUUUUGAUUCAGAAGACAUUCAAAAUGACAAUGUGUUUUAUAGUCCAUUGAGAAAAAAAACAAACUCACUUUGUGAGUCAGAUGACUUCUCUCCUCAGAGCGCCACCAAGAGUCCUCUGCAGCAAAAUCUGGUGAGGUCUCGCUUGUCCUCAUCAUGUGCUGAUUUAAAGUAUGGUCUACACAGUGGACGAUCUUUCUCAGUUAGCAGUGUGGUUUCAAGCCGACCAUCAGGUCCUGGACGAAUCUCGACAAGCAGCAUCAGUGACCUCUCAAGUUUGGAUGAAUUUCUGCCGAAAGAGAAUUAUACAGUAGUUGACUAUCCAAUGAGUAGUAGCCUUUCCCCAAUCUAUGAUGCAAAUUCAAACACUGGUAAACAGUCUCAAUCUGGAUAUACAAAUAAUCAUGAUGAUGCAGACCCAACCCCACCUCCAUCACCAACUAUGUCCUCUUCACCUCGUCGUAUGUCCCAUGCUCCUUCUGUGUCUUCCCCCAUAUGGACAUCUCCAGAAAAUCUGUCUCCUCCUCGUGGAAUCCUGUCAUCAAGGCGCCACACAACCAGCAUGACUGUUUUUGAGGAGUCUGAUUCUGACACCACAACUGAUGAUGAAUACUAUCUUGAUAAUAGUGAUGCAGCAGAAACAGAACUUUAGAGGAGAGAAUUGUAUAUUGUUCAAUUCCGUCACGUUACAACAUAUGCUAAACAUUAAAAAAUGUUGCAGGGUUUUUCUAUGCAUAGUGUCAUCUAUGACAAAGCUGCAGCAACAUUAGGCCUCUGUCAAUUCUAAAUUGUAAAACAACUACAAAUACAGAUUAUAUAUAGAAAGAAUUAUAUCAGAAUUUUAAGACCAUGUUGAUUUCAUAUUUCUUGUUGUAUAUUAAAUAUAAGGGGUUGUUGAAUACUUUAGUGCUUGAGGAUAACAAUGUUUGAUUUCAAGAUGAAUGUAUUUACAAUACAGUUCAAUGCACUGUUUCAUUAGCUUUUUUACAUAUAUAUUUUCUGGAUCUUGAGGCUUUGAAAUGGUGAAUUCUCAUGUUAUUCGUCUGUCUCCUGUAGAUUAUUGGCUGUUUCAUUCACUGUAGCAUUUGAAAGAAUAGCGUGUCAGUCACAAUACAUUAUUUUCCUGACAGACAUUCUAUAGUCAGAAGCUGCCAACCAAGAAACUGAACGCCAACUAUGUUUAACAGAUGUAAACACUGAUGAUUCCACAUUCAUUAUGGCUAAGUCUGUAAAGAAGAUGAUGUAACCGAUAUCUGCUGUCCGUUUGAUAGAAUUGUUAAAAGUAUGAAAGUGUUAUUGAAAACAGUGGCUGAUCCUCAUCCACGACUUGUUAAUUUGAGGUUCAAACACAGGACCUCUCACAAUCUACUGUAUGCAAAAGACAUACCACAGAUGAACUAAGCAUUCUUAAAUAAGACCACACAGUUGAUUCUAUAUGCUGUAUAAUCUGAUUUGCUGUUUUGUGUGCGGCUUUCAGUGUAAUUUUAAUUGAUCUUUUUUUGUAAUUUAUUAUGCAGGGCAGGGGUUUGGGGCAUUAGCCUUAAGGACUCUCCAUAAGACAUGUCAAUUGCAACACUGACCUACAGAAUUACCAAAUGCUGUGUAUCAUAGGUCUAUGUAAGGUCAUUUUUGUAAAGCCAUUUCUUGAAUGUCUUUAUUAAAACCUUCAGUUAUAUUUAUGAACAUUUUAUAAAUUAGGUUGUAUUUUUCCUAACACAGAAGUAGAAGAAUAUUGAUCACUUAUAAAAAUGUAAUAAAGUAUUGACUAAAUAACUAACUUUGAUGGUCAACUGCUAUGUUAAAAUUUGAUUAGCAAGUACACUCUAGUCUUAGUAAACUUGUACUCUAAUAACACAGAAACUCUUAAUUGCAGCUCAUUAAAACAGGUCAUGUCACACCUGCCAUAGUUAUACAAUAAACAGUUAGUUAGAUGAGUGAUGCAACUAAUUUGAUCGAUGUUUCAGUAAUGGUUGACAGGUUUGCUGAACAAUCACUAGGACCGUUUUGUUAGAAAAAAAUAAUGAUAAUGUCUGUCGUCAAAGGUCAGUAUUUUGAGUAGCCGAUUUUUUCACUAAUUUUUUAUUAAUUAGUGAACGAUUCAAUGUCGCAAUGCUUAACUUUUCGCAACCUACUGUCGUAAAGAUGUAAUCUGAAAAGGUCACUAAACGUAUAUUUUAGUUAAAUGAUUAAUCUUCUAGUCCACACGUAGUUUCCCCAUUUAAAAUGUAUUUUUGAUAAAAUCUCGUAUUUCUAGCUUUCUAGCAUUGAGGUAAAAAUAGGUUUGUUUUCACGUUGCUUUGGUAACGGUUGUAGGCGUGCAGUCACCAAUAAAAGUCUUAUACUGUGUCUAGGCUUUAUUUUUUUAACUCCUUCAAUGUUAAGUUUAGUCUUUGGUUGCAGUUUGUCGAUGUAAUGUGAAACUCCAGUUCACGAUUUUGUUUACUUUUCGAUAAUCACCGGAUGGGUUUGAUUUCUGUAUUAUCAUAAGGAUAAAACGCUUUAUUUUCAGUACAUUGCUUAUUUUAAACACCUUGUACCUAUUAAACAUUCUUAUUCUGGUAUUUUAAGCAUAUUGGCUAUUCUGUUACUUGAGAAUGAAGAGGACUCAAGAGAUCAACAGCAUGUGCUAGCAUGAACAAGAAAAUGACUGAACACACAUACUCUUUUGACAGGCAUCACUCAACAUCUCCAGAUGGGGAAACUACAUCAGACACUAAUGUCAUACUUGUCCCACAGCUGGAAUCAGUUUUCAGCAGAGCAGCCAGGAUCAUCCAGCGAGCGUGGAGGACACAUGUUGAUACUGCUGUUUUCAAGCACCUCAAGAAACUAGUGAGCUUUCAUAAUCAAGGAGAUCCACGUCUCCUUCUUAGAUUUAUUAACCCUGCAGAGGCUAAUAUUCUGGAUGCUGCUUCAGGGGCACUUAUCCGAUUCAGACUGGGUGGGCCAACCUAUCCUCCAAACAUCUACUUUAAAAUAUACACUCGUGCACCCAUAGUGGACAUGUGUGCCUCCAGUCCUAAAGAUUACACACAGCUAAAGAAACCUGCUCCAAGCCAGAUUCAUAAUGGCCGAUUGAUGAGCAAUGACAGGGAGGAUCACUCUGGGUGGUACCAGCGGGUAGAGAACAAUGGCUGGCGGAUUUUGUCUUGCAAGAUUUCUGUGUUCGAAGACCCAAUAACUCAAGAAACCAAUGUUAAGAAGAUACAAUUCCAUCACUGCAAAAUCCGUCGGCGACAAGAUGUUGCAAGAAAAAAGAAGAUUCGGAAAAUUGAAUGGAUGAGAAAAAUGCAUGCUGAGGGUCUCCUGCAUGCUCAUACAGAACACGACGAAACAGCUCUGCUGGUGCAAGAAUCCACAGAGUUGAUGGAUUCCUUUGAACAGAUUGGAGCAGAUUCAGUUUCUGAGCAGGAAGUAGAUGAGCUGCUCGAAUGGACCAAAGCUCUCAAUUUUGAUGAGUAUAUCAAUGAAUGGAGGAAUUUGGGUUCCAGCAAAUGCUGCAUAUUUAUCAAAGAUAGGCUGUCGGAGAGUGACAAGGAGGACUUUGCUCGUGUCUCUAUGCCUGAUAUUUGUGAGAUACCUCAAGUCAGUCAGGAUCCAGUGGUUCAGUCCAGUGGUGAGCCAACAUCUGGAUCACAUCUGAGGCUGGAAUGUAUCAUGCAGCUCUGAUAAUAUAUUGCACAAUCUGAUUUGCUUUAUUCAUUUGAAUAAAUAUACCAGGUCAUGUU